AUUCUCCCAAAUUGCAUAAUUUUUAGUGAAAUUGUAUAUCUUGUUAUUACAUCACGUAAUAACUCCGUCGAAAGCAUAAAGUGCCUCAGAGUACCAUCCUAAUUGAUGGACACCCUAUAUUUAAACAUCAAAAGAAGCGCCAAACGAAAUUAUUGGCGCAGAUAAUUAAGAGGUUAUGAUUCAAGGCCAAACCACUAGAGCCAGCCAAAUAAAUACCUAUCUGGGAUAAACUUGGAAUGUUUUCCAGAUGAUUAUAAUGUCAAUCAACAGGUUUAGCUUUUAACAUGAUUUUAAAGGAGGAAUUUAGUUAUGUACAGCUCUUCUCCGAUUUUUUAAGUAUUAUCACGAUCUCCCUAUGUUUCGUUUUGAAAAUACCGCAGAUAAUCAAUAUAUUAAAAGUGAAAAAUGCCACCGGAAUGAACACUGUUGGACUUCUUAUGGAGCUCUCUAGUUAUACGAUUAUGAUGUCUUACAACUACCGGAACGGCUACGCCAUACUAACAUACUUAGAAUACCCCAUAAUUUUAGUUCAGGAGCUGAUUUUAAUUUUAUGCGUCUUAUACUACAACAAACAAUUGGGGUUGGCAAGUGUAUUCGGGGCAGGCCUGUAUUUCUCAGCCUUGUUUGGGUUUUUAUCCGGAAUUAUCCCUAGGGAAUUACUCACAUUUUUAGUGCCAUUCUGCACUCCGGUCGGAGCUUCCUCAAAAGUUGUUCAAUUGUUGACAAUAUUAAAGUCGAAAAAUUCAGAGUGCAUCAGUGUUCUUACGUGGUUUAUUUCGGCAUUUACCAACUUAACUCGAGUUUUUACAAUAUUUGUGGAUUCGGCGGAUGUUACACUGUUGUUGAACUUUAUUGUUAAUGUUUCCUUAAGCAGUUCGAUAAUGAUAGCUGCCUAUUACUAUAAACCGGCCAAAGAAGUAUCCAAAAUGAAGAAAGCAGAUUAAAAUUAAUUACAUUAACUAAUGUUAUACUACAGACAACAAAUAGUUCAAAUAAUUCUCAUUUUAGUCAUUGUGCUGCCUUCUGCAGCAUAAAUUUAUUCUAUCGCUCAAUUGUUAAAUCGUUUCCUCCAAAUUUAAGUGAAUAGUACACUUCAUAUUGUAUAUAUUGAUAUUUUAAUAUAUUUUAUGUUAAAUUUG